GCGCCGCCAUCCAUGUAAAAAAUUUAUACGCAACUCGUAAAUUGCUACAGUUGCUUGUGUUUAUUCCUCUUACAACGAAAGUCGAAAUAUUAGUGGUGCUUUUUAAAAUUAAACAUUUCGUUGAAAAUCCUUUCCUUCGGAAUGGUACGCGAGUGGGAUAUAUUGACAGUGAACUUUUCGCUAAUGCGAUUGGAUUUAUGAGAACUUGCAAGACUUAAACGGUAAAGGUCUUGGAUUAAGACAGCAGAAUGGCAGAAGACGAGAGGCAAAUAAGAGUGGCCGCAGAAAGUUUACUGAAUGAAUCUAUAAACUCUCGGAGAAGUUUGUAUACUCAGCAGAGUAUGACGCGAACCCCAGAUUUCAUUCUUAGCGAAGAUCUUAUCGCGGGUAGCAUGCAGAACGGGAGAAUGUCCAAUGUCAGACGUUUUUUUUGCCUCUUCGUCACCUUCGACCUCUUGCUUACUUUUCUCAUGUGGCUUAUUUGUACAAUGAUCGCCGGCGAAAGUUUGCAAUCCGCGUUCAUCAAUCAAGUAGUUCAUUAUCACAUAAAAACAUCGCUUUUCGAUAUAGUGUUGGCAGCGAUUUGCAGAUUUACAAUGUUGUUACUCUUCUAUGCGCUGCUCCAUUUGGAUCAUUGGAUUAUCGUGGCUUUGACAACUGCCACGACAUGUGCUUUCUUAAUCGCUAAAGUGUUUCUUUUUGAUUGGUCAAUAUGCAAUCAACCAGUAUUUCAAGUUCUUCUCAUCCUUACGUCUUUUGUAUUGGCAUGGGUGGAAGCGUGGUUCUUUGAUAUUCGUGUAUUGCCUCAGGAAACACAAGCUAGAAAUUGGUUUAGAAAUUUCACGAGUAAUGAAAGAGAACCACUCCUUCGAGGAAUUACCACAGAAUCACGCCAAUAUGCCAGCAUCGAUCCUGGUACAUUUUUUACACCUAUUGAUUCACCAGAUCAUUCUGAUCACGAGGAUGAAAAUUUUACAAAACCAGGUAGUUCUAGGAGUUUAUCAAAAACGAACGAAAUAUUUCCGCCUAAGUCUCUACCAAAACUCACAACAGAAAUGGUGAAGGACUAUAAACGAAGAGCAAAUGCGUUAGUGCAAACUUGCCACGAUUUAUUGCAAUCUAAAGAUUGGCAAAUUCAAAAUAUAAUGUCAAAUGGUGAUAUUAUCUUUUAUAUGAACCGUCCUAAAGAAGGAAAGACGUUAAAAAUAGUAGGAAAUAUUGAAGCUCCAGCUGGUAUACUUGUGAACAGAUUAUUCGACGAAAUUGAAUUAUCACCGUCAUGGAAUAAACUUGUUACCGAAUCGAAAAAGUUACAGUGUAUCGAUGAGAAUACUGAUAUUGUUUAUCAAGCCACAAGUGCCCAAGGAGGAGGCAUUAUUGGCGCUCGUGAUUUCGUUAUUUUAAGGCAUCGUAUUCAAUACGGUAACUAUUAUAUAAAUAGUGGUACGUCAGUGCCUUUUACAUCAUUACCAAAUCGCAGUAAUGUCGUCAGGGCUGAGAACAAUGUAAGCUGUUGGGCAGCAGAACGAUUACCUAAUGACGAUAGUAAAUGUCGAUUUACGUGGAUUAUUAAUACCAAUUUAAAAGGCUGGCUUCCACAAAAAGUUGUAGAUAAAUCAAUGUCUACUGCAUUGAUAGAUUUCAUGUCUUGCGUAAGGAACUAUAUGAAUGACACACAAAGAUCAAUCGUUUAGUGCAGUACGUUUCGAUAAUUAAUCGGAGAACCACGGUCUUUCAUAAUGAUGAUUAUCUUCUGGAUUUGUGUGAUUAAAGAAAUUUCAAUUUUUUAUAGCAUUUUUAAUGUUCCAAAAACAACGCAAUUCUUGAUCAAGUCGAACAUGAUUUUCUUGUAGUGUUUUCCAUGUGUAUCAUUGCAAACCGAAUGACAAAUGUAGGAGUCUUAUAUGAGUUGACAGACUGACGGGAGAACGAUAAUUGACUUUUUUUACAUGCUUUCUAUUUCGUAAAUUAAGAUUAAGAAAUACUUUUUAUAAAGUAUGUUCAAAAAAAUGUUUUAUCGACUUUUUCGAUAUAGUUAUUUUAAAUUAAGAGCUUUAAAAAUCAUUUUAAUCAUGUAGCUUAAAUCUUAUUGUUUAUAAAUUAUUCACGAAUAAUAUAAUAAAAUUUUAUUUUUUUAUUUGCAAAUCAUCUAAAGUAUUGCCAAUGUACAUGGCAUUUAAUUUUUUGCAUUUUAUUCUUCAUCAUAAUUCUAUUAUAUUAUAUUAUAUACAUUUUUAAUUUUAAUUUAAAAAUGUCGAAUAUAAAAUAAUUGGUACUGUUAUUAUAAGAAGACAUUUAUUUCGCAUUUCUUUCAAAUUUAUUCAAAAUUUUUAUUAAAUUGCAGUUGAAAAUCUAUUAUGCUUAUAUAUUUUAUGAAAGUGAUUGUAUUUACAAUACAUAUUUAAUCAUAAUUUAUGCAUGGAUGUGAUUGACCAUGCUUCGUUGUAUAAAAAGAAACAGCAAAAUAUCAGGGAAAAGUUACUGAAUAAAUAAUUAUUCGAUAAAAAAAGGCAUGAUGGAAUACUAUAACAAAGUUGUUUUAAAUAUUUUCAUAUCAUUGUAAUUUGUACAAAAUACAAAAUAGAAUGAUUCAUUUGUCAAAAGCAUUUCUUGUAUUUUCGAUAACUGCAUAGAUAAUAUUCUUCGUUAUUUAUCAAAUCCAUUCUGUUCAUAUGUAUAUAUAUAUAGGUUGUGAAAGAGUACAUUUGAUAUGAUAUAAAUAAAAACAAACACCCAGAACGCGCUUAUAAUAUAAUCCCUGUAUUUAUAUUAAUAUACCAAAUGGUUCAAUUUUGUGAAAAGAGUUAUGCUAUAUAU